CACAUCAGCUCUUCCCACUUCACAAGAAAAAACAGAAGAAGAAAAGACUACGAAAUCGCCUGCAAGUGAUCAGAAAUUCUUGCUUGUCAAGUCCUGGGUUUUGUGAUUUCUUGAAGAAGACGAGACUUGAUCAUAGAGUUGAGGAAGAAAUGGAAAGCACUGUGACAUACCAGAGCGAUCUCAACCUGAAGGCGACGGAGCUGAGACUAGGUUUACCAGGAACGGAUGAAUCUGAGAAAGAUAAACCCAUGAAUCCUGCUCCUGCUGCAGUCAGGAUCAACAAGCGACCGUUGACUGGGUUGAAUGAUGAGUCCAAGAGCUCUUCCUGUGCUUCUGAUGCCAGAGAUGGUGGCCGGGAAACCCCGCCGGAGGCCAAGGCACAAGUAGUUGGGUGGCCACCAAUCCGAUCUUACAGGAAGAACAGCUUCCAAGCCAAAAAGACUGAGGCCGAAGCAGCUGGGAUCUACAUUAAAGUGAGCAUGGAUGGAGCUCCUUAUCUGAGAAAGAUCGAUCUCAAGCUUUACAAAGGUUAUCCUGAGCUCCUUAAGGCUUUGGAGGAGAUGUUCAAGUUCACCAUAGGUGAAUACUCAGAGAGGGAAGGAUACAAUGGUUCCGAGUAUGUACCUACUUAUGAAGACAAAGAUGGUGAUUGGAUGUUGGUUGGAGAUGUUCCAUGGGAUAUGUUCAUCUCUUCUUGCAAAAGACUCAGAAUCAUGAAAGGAUCAGAGGCUAAAGGUUUGGGUUCUUGUGCAUAAAAUCCAGAGCUUGGCUAAACAACCCAUUAGAUAUAGAGAGAAGAGAAGACCUGUACAUCUCAUAUCAACACAGACAGAUCUUUCUUUCUGCUUGGGUUCUCCAAGGCUACUGAGAAAAGAAGGAAGAAAAGGCAAAAAGAGAAGCCCAGAGGAGAGAGGAAAAAAGAAAAACUUAGGAAGGUUAAACUUUUUUUUAUUAAUUUCAUAGUAGUUGUUUGGCAGGGUCUCCAUGGCUCAUUUUGAGCCUUUAUGAUGAUGUUCUUGUCCUGUAAGCUCUGUAAUAAUCCCAUCAAAAGAAGAACUGCAUAUAGAGAUAGAGAUGUUUGCUUCCUAUGCAAUUGUAUAAAGCAACACAAGAUUUAUAUAUUUCUCCCUAUUUUUGGUAUUGUAUUUGAUUUUAGAGAGAAUUAGAUGAAAAUAAAAGACGAUACAUAUGGGUUAUACCUUCA